AUGAUAGAUAAACACGGAACAAUUCAUUAAAAGGAGAUGGUGGUAGGUGGGCUAUAUAAGUUUGACUUAUAACCAAAAUUAAAUUAAAUAUAUAAAAAGUAGUAUUAAAAAAAGCUGUCUCUGGCUCUGACGUCUUUUCUCUUCAAGUCGCAGACUCGUCUUCCUCACAGCUCCUCCGGCGAUACUCUGCCUGCUCUGUAAGGAAGUCUUUCGAGAAGGUAUAAUCGAUCGAUUCAUCUCCCUCUCGUUUCUAUCUGAGAGGUAGAGGUAGAAGAUUCCAAUGAUCUCCAAAGCUUCUUCAUCUACCUCCACCAAUUCGUCGAUUCCUUCUUCUUCUAGGAUUGGAGGUCAGCUUUGUGUGUGGCCUGGAUUGAGACAUAUUUGCCUCAGGAAAAGCUUGUUAUACGGAGUUAUGUGGUUAUUCUCCAUGCCCCUCAAAACUCUUCGUGGAGCUAGAAAAACGCUUAAAGUUACUCACUUUUGUAGCAUCUCCAACAUGCCCUCUUCUUUAAAAAUCGAACUGGUGUCAUGUAGUAAGGACAGCUAUGCGUAUCUUUUGCACGAUGAAGACACUGGGACGGUUGGAGUCGUUGAUCCUUCUGAGGCUGCGCCUGUUAUUGAUGCCUUGAGCAGGAAGAAUUGGAACUUAACUUAUAUAUUGAAUACUCAUCAUCAUGACGAUCACAUAGCGGGGAAUGCUGAGCUGAAAGCUAGGUAUGGCGCAAAGGUGAUUGGCUCAGCUGUGGAUAAGGAUCGGAUUCCUGGAAUUGACAUACUUCUCAAGGAUAGUGAUAAGUGGAUGUUUGCUGGGCAUGAGGUUCGGGUAAUUGACACUCCUGGUCACACACAAGGCCAUAUUAGCUUUUACUUUCCCGGGUCAGCCACAAUAUUCACAGGAGACCUGAUACAUAGCUUAUCUUGUGGUACCCUCUCAGAAGGAACCCCCGAGCAGAUGCUUUCAUCACUCCAAAAGAUCGUGUCUUUACCAGAUGAUACAAAUAUAUAUUGCGGUCGCGAAAACACAGCAGGCAAUAUCAAGUUUGCACUAUCUAUAGAACCAAAGAAUGAAACUCUUCACUCUUAUGCAACCCGAGUCGCCCAUCUUCGCAGCCAGGGACUCCCUUCGAUUCCAACGACUGUUAAGGUAGAGAAAGCGUGUAACCCGUUUCUCAGAACAUUCAGCAAAGAAAUCCGUAGAUCUUUAAGCAUUCCAGACUCGGCAAACGAAGCCGAAGCACUGCGUUGUAUUCACAGAGCCAGAGAUCGUUUCUAAAGAAGCUUUGGGGGUUAUCUUCCUUAUUGUGUAUAUAUAGUUGGAAGUCAUCGUCUGCAAAGAUCAAUAUAUAUUAUAUGGUUUAGUGUUUUAUUUCAGUGACCAAUUGAAUUUGAUGUAUUAAAAAAAAGUAUUCAAAACAGAAACAGUUAUAUAAAUAUUUAGUUGGGCUCAGUUACUAAAUUAUGAA